AUGCGGCAGACCAAGACAGCAGCGAAGCAGCGAUACCUCAAGAAAAAGGCGAGGAAGCACAAGGUGCUCGUUGCUGCGAGAAAAGCAUCGGCGCCGAAGCACAAACAGGCGGUCUCGACGCAUGAUGGGAGCGGAGACGAGGGGACUGGGCCGGACAGCGGAGAUGAGGGCGUCGAGGGGAAGUUGGAGGUAGUUGAUUUGGCGGGGCCCUCAAAGCCGAGGGUACGGAUAGUCUUACCACCGAAAGAUGGGGAGCAGGCAGAGGAUGAGGAAGACGCAGCGGCAGCGAGGGAGCGGAAGAAGGCGGAGAAGAGGGAGAAGAGGGCGAACCGGCACAAGGAGCCUACAGCGCCUGUAGCUGAGGCUACGGAACCUGCAGAAACGACCGAGAUGGAGGUAGACGGGGAAGAAGAGGCAGACGGGCCAGAUCCAGCGCUCCGGUCACCGACACCGCCAAUGCUCGAGCCAUUCCCUCUACCGACGUCCGCGCCCGCCCCAAAAGCUUCAGUGCUCAAUCGUCAGGGUCUACCUGCGGGGCUCGAGAAUGCUACUUUUGUGGAUCAGGACACAAAGGCGCCUAUCGAGGGGUUCGUCAAGCCAGAUGGAAAGCCGUAUCUCAGCGAGAGGAUGAAGGGUCGACUGGGCGCUAUGGGUCUGACAGACUUCUUUGCCGUUCAAUCCGCGAUGCUCCCUCCACUUCUCUCGGAAGACCUCCUGCCCCUAUCAACACCCUCCGACUAUCUAGUCUCCGCGCCCACCGGAUCCGGAAAGACUCUCGCUUACUGCAUCCCGCUCAUCGAGACCUUGUCGCGCCGACAAGUCAUCAGAUUACGCGCACUGAUCGUCCUGCCGACAAGAGAGCUGGUGACUCAGGUCAAAGAGGUCCUGGAGAGCUUGGCGAAGGGUACGGGGUUGAAGAUUGCGGCUAUCUCGGGGCAACAGUCGUUUGCGCAUGAACAGAGUCAGCUUGUUCCAGUGCUACUGGGCGGAUCGUCAAGCGUCGACAUCCUGGUAGCUACUCCAGGACGACUGAUAGAUCACGUCAACUCUACACCAAACUUCUCCUUGCAACACCUCCGCUUCCUCGUCAUUGACGAAGCUGAUCGACUGCUCAAUCAGUCGUUCCAGAGCUGGCUGAGCCAUGUCUCAUCUCAUAUCUACCCACCUGCUCAGCCCAUCCAACUGGACUCACCACCACAGCCGUGGGAUGCUAUCGCACCAGCAUGGAUGGAGACUUACGGAUUAACGGACAAGGAGAAUCCUUUCCGAGAACGGCCAUCAUCACCUUGCCAAAAACUCCUAUUCUCCGCCACACUCACCCGCGACCCUUCCAAAAUCGCCGCCUUAUCCCUCCGCACCCCAUCCUACUUUAUCGUCCAGUCAUCCUCCCACCCCUCCGGCAUCGCCGCCAUAGGCGAGCACUUUGCCGUACCUACCAAUCUCGUCGAAAAGAUGAUCGUCAUGCCCCCGGCCCUCAAACCGCUGAAUCUCAUACACCUACUUUAUGCCUUCGGGGUAAGGAACGCACUGGUGUUUACAAAAUCGGUAGAUGCGGCGGUGAGGCUCGAGACGCUGCUCACGUUCUUUGGCGAGGCGUGGACGGGGGUCAAGCUGGUAGCGAGGAGUUAUACGGCCGAGAUGAAACCUGGAGAGAGGAAGCGGGUGAUGGAGGAGUUUGCGGCGGGCAAGAUCGAUCUCCUGAUCUGCUCGGAUGUUGUCGCGAGAGGUAUCGAUCUCCCCACCACCGCGUCAGUCAUCUCAUACGACGUGCCCCUCGACAUGCGGAAAUACGUGCAUCGUGUCGGCCGAACAGCACGUGCCGGGCGGGAAGGUACCGCGUGGACAUUGAUCGAGAAGCAAGAGGCGAGGCGGUUCAAGGGGAUCUUGAAGGGCGCGAGCCACGAGCAGAAUGUGAAGAAGGUCAAGGUUAAGGAGGAGGAUCUGGAGCAGUAUCAAGAGAGCUACAAGAUCGCGAUGGAGCGGUUCAGCGAGCAUUAUAGUAAAGCCUGA